AUGGCAAUCUACUUGAGCUUCUCGUCUUUACCCAGCCAUCGUUUUAAUAUUCAUACAAAAAUUGCAGAUAAUGGAGCUAAUAGACCAUCUCUUGUUGCGUGCAGUGCUACUCCUCAGAAGUGGACCAUUCUUGAAGAAACUUCCGAACUCUCUAAACCCCGUCAAACCAUUCUGAAUGAGCAAAGUUCUAAGGAUGAAUUUCCCAUGGAAUAUGAACAAAAACUGAAGGAUGUCAGGGAAUUAUUGAAAUCAGAGGAAUUAGAAAAUAAAAUAGAAACCUUAAUGUUGGUGGAUACUAUCCAGCGACUUGGUGUUGACUACCAUUUUCAGGAAGAGAUUGAAGCAGUUCUUCAGCGACAUUAUACGGAAGCCACCACUUCUUUUGACGGAUACUUCUAUUAUAGUCUUCAUGAUCUUUCACUUUUCUUCAGACUCUUGAGAGAACAUGGUUUUUUCAUUCCCGCAGACAUAUUCAACAAAUUCAAGGGAAAAGAUGGGGUGUUUGAAGGGAAAUUAAAGCAAGAUAUUAGAGGAUUGAUGGAAUUGUAUGAAGCUGCUCAGCUAGUGACAGAGGGAGAAGAUAUUCUUGAUGAAGCAGCAAAAUUUAGUAGCCAAAUAGUUAGUAACAGAUUGAAGCAUCCUUAUCACAAGAGCAUUGCAAGAUUUACAGCAAAGAAGUAUAUUAGAGAUUUCCAAGGCAUAAGUGGAUGGGGGACAACUUUGAAAGAGCUCGCAAAAAUGGAUAUUUCAAGGGCACAGACCGCCAACCAACAAGAACUGAUCCAAAUUUCCAAAACAGGAUGGGCUGUUCAAGUGGAUGAUAUAUUAGAACUCAUAUCCUCUGUGGCCACUAUUCUCCGUCUCUGGGAUGACUUUGGAAGUGCCAAGGAUGAGCAGCAAGAUGGAAACGAUGGUUCGUACAUAGAGUGCUACGUGAAAGAGAAUCCAGGAUCAACAGUCGAGAUUGCACGAGAGCGUGUUAUUGAUAUUAUAUCAAGUGAAUGGAAGCGUCUUAACAAGCAGUGUUUGAGUUUAAAUCAAAACUCAGCAAGUUCAUCCUUUACAAAAGCUUCUCUUAAUAUUGCAAGAAUGGUUCCUCUAAUGUACAGUUACGAUGACGACCAACAGCUCCCAGUCCUUGAAGAGUUUAUCAACUCCACACUCUUUGAUGAUACUUUCUUGGUGCACCGUCCUUAA